CUAGAGGUGCGCUCAAUAAAGAAAAUGAAAUAGCAGCACUUCCUUGUAGGUCCUUCCAACUUGUUUUCGCUGUAUAUAUAUAUAUAUAUAUAUAUUAUUCACAUUGAACCUUCCUUCCCUCUUUCUUCGCUUAUUCCAUUAUUCUCACGGUCAAAAAUCAUUCAUCAUCAUCAUCGAGUACAAUUAUUUGAAUUGUUGUUGGAAUUCGCUGCGCAAUGCGGAGUUUUGUAUCGACAUCGAAGGUAAUUAGGCGUUUAGUUACGCAUCGGAAUGUGUGCAAACAGAGAGUUGGGAUUGAAAACCAUGUUCAAGUUCGAUGCUUGAGUGGUAUUGUUGGUGUUCCUUCAGUUUCACCUGGUUGUGAUGUUGGUAGCAAGGUGAUUAAGCCGCUUUCAUCGUCGUCGGCAUUGGGAGAAGUUUGUAGAAUUGGGAAUUCGAUUCAAAGUAGAGGAUUUUUGGGAUGUGGUGAUGGAGAAGAGGGGAAUAUGUUAACGAAAAUACACGAGGAGAAGUGUGUUGUGGGAUACUCUCCAGAGCAGUUAUAUGCUGUGGUUGCUGCUGUUGACUUGUAUGAAGAUUUCCUCCCCUGGUGUCAAAGAUCGGAGAUCCUAAGAAGCCAUCCAGAUGGAUCUUUUGAUGCUGAGCUGGAGAUUGGCUUCAAAUUUCUUGUUGAGAGUUAUGUGUCUCAUGUGGAACUAAACAAACCAAAAUAUAUCAAGACAACUGCUACUGAUAGUGGCCUUUUUGAACAUUUGAUUAACAUCUGGGAGUUCAACCCUGGACCAACUCCUGGAUCUUGUAACCUUCACUUUUUGGUAGAUUUUAAGUUCCAUUCUCCGUUAUAUCGACAGGUAGCAAACAUGUUCUUUAAGGAGGUGGUCUCUAAACUAGUUGGUUCCUUCCGCGAUCGGUGCCGUUUGAUAUAUGGACCAGGGGUUCCCAUUCAUGAGGAUACAUAUCAACAGAGGUUAUAAAGAUUGGUGUUAGGUUGUGACUAGUGAUUAAAUGAAAACGCGUUGGGCCAGUUCAGUUUUCCGAGUACCAGUUGGUCCAACUGCAGUCUGAUUCUUGAGUUAAUUCUUAACUUGAGAAGGAGCUGAUUCAGCCUCCCUGGUAUUCCCAAUUUCUUAAAGCUACUGGAUUUCUUUUUCUUUUGGGAAGUGGGGGUUUUCUUGGGGCAAGAAGUGUAACAAUUCAGGUUGUGCCAUUUCGUUGUUAGGUCCACAUCAUGUAGGCUUAACCAAUACCAUUUGAAUCAGCUCACAAGGUGUUUUGACAAAUAUUUAGAAGCUUCGUUACUAGAAUACAUGUUCAUUUAAAUUUAUAUAUAUUGUAGGUCUAGGAAUGCCAUUAAUCAGUGUAAUAUGCUGCCGUUAUGCGCUGUACCUCUAUUGUGGAAUUUAAUUGUUGGGCCUAGCUGUUAAAACUUACAACACUUCCAUUUCCAGUUGA